GGGCGCUAUCCCACUUGCUAGCAGCAGCAGCAACAGCAGAGGGUAAAUGCCCGGCUUUUCUGGAGCGCAGCGCUCGGCGGCUCCCAACUCCUCCCCUCUCUCUGCCUGCCUUGCCUGCCUCUUUUUCUCUCUCAGUAUAUGUAGUGCACAGACGGCUCUGCUGCAGGAGCAGCGGCAGCAUCGUCAGGGAACAGCCGCUGAAAGAGGCUUCCCAGCAGCUUCCUAACCACUUUGGGCAAAACUUGAUGCUCCACUGCCUUUUUCUUCCCUUCCUGUGGCCGUUCGCGAAGCGUCACGCUCGCUCUUCCUUUUCUUCGCUGGGUAUAUGUGUGUGUGUGUGAGAGAGAGAGAGCCAGAAGGCGAGAGAGCAAAGCGAGCUCCCUGCACCAAGCAGCCGCACUUGAGCGAGACGAGCCAGGAAAAGGGGGCUUUACAAACAACCACAAUUGCAGAUCUCACCCGGAGUGGCGGUGCAGUUCAGAGGAAAACAACUGACUCUGGUCGUCUUUCAUUUGCUGCCAGGACUCUGCCUUGAUUUGAAAAGAAAAGAAAAGAAAAGAAAAGAAAUCUUCGCAUCAUUUGGACAUACGUUUUGGUGUCCCCCCUCCCCAACCAUUCUUAUUUUUCCUAUUCCGUAGAUCUGGAUGUAAUUCAGAAUCGGUGGUGGUAAUUCACGUGGGAAGAAGAUCCAGUUACAUCUCUUCCCUACCCACCUUCUACCCUUUUGCUUCGGGUAUAUUAACGAAGGGGGAAAGUCCUAGAAUAAUCGCCUGGGGCACACACACACACACACACACCCAAAGCUAGCCUUGGUGCUAACCUCUGAACUGGGGUUUUAAAAAAAAGGCUGAAGUUCAGAGCUGGUUUACCUGCAUCGGGACGGCGAGGAAGGAGCAAGUGAGCGAGCGAAAGAGACUGCAAUCUCAUUUGUGAAUCGCUCUCCCAGUGCUGCAGCCUCCGAUUGCUCUAACACAUGCAGUGUAAAUGCAGGUAAGGCACACACGCACACACACACGCACACCAACUGCAGAUGCAAAAGCAAACUUGGGACUGUUAUGUGGUGUGUGAGAGAAAGGUCUGUGUGCAUUUCUCUCCAUCCUUGUUACAUUCUGGACGGACAUCUCCUGCAGCUCUUGUACCAUGUUGCUUUGUGACUAAUGACCUUGCGCAGAGUUUUUGUUGUUGUUGUUUUUGUUUUAUUUAAAGAAGCACCCUCCCUUCCAGAGAAGGAACUGAACAUCUGUAGGCAAUCUCUAAAGAUGGAUUUGGGCGCUAUCCUGUUAACCAAAGGGGAUUUCUUAUGGACUGUUCUAUAAUACAAGGAAGGGAAGCCCUUUUCCCAAAUACAGACAUCUGUCGAUAUCACAUCACUGGAGAUUUUGUUUUGUGGGGCUAUUUUUAUUCGGCCCCCCCCCGCCUCCUUCUAUCAAUUGCUAAGAGGAUUUGGAGACUGUCUUGUCUUUUUUUUUUCCCCCGGACACCAGCGCUCUCUGAAUGAAGCAAUUGACAUUCCCCACCCCACCCCCCACCCCUUCCUCAGCGUGUGUGCGUCUGUAUGCGGAGCAGAGAAGAAAAAAGAGCUAAUUCCACAGCGGUAAACGGCCACGAGAGAGAGGCAGAGAGAAAAGAGAGUGAAUUUUACUGAACUGGACUAGAGUGAGAAAGGGGGUGGGGGGCGGAGAAGCAUCGAAUCUCUCCCUGCUGCUGCUUUUCUUGCAAACCUUGCAAAGUGAUUACAGUACCAUCGGAGGGGGAGGAGGAAGAGGAGGUGGUGGAGGCGGAACUGCCCCCCCCCCAAUCUGCCAAGAUGCAUCUUUUAAAAAGCAAAAUACACUUGCCCCGUGAACUGUGAGUAUAGAGCAACUGCAAAAGGAAGGGAGGUGGGGAGAGCCGCCGACCAACCCCAGCUAUCAAUCCACCCACCACCACCACCCCCUUCUCACCUCUUGCACCAGAUAGGAUGAGACACGAAGUUUUUGCAAGAACAGGCGGAUUUUAUCAUUGACCAUCACCCAGACGCCAGUUAAUUUUGUGUUGGCUUGCCAAGGGGGGCGUUUAUUGGCACGGGUGGGCUAGGGAAGGUGGUGGUGUGGUGUGGUGUGGUGUGUGUGUGUGGAGGGGGGUGCCUGUUAUUGGGUGUCAAAGAAGAUGUGGAAGAUGCGGACGCUCUUGGGCUUUGUGCAGUCCUGCUACUGCUGCUGCUGUUUCUUACUCUUGCUGCCUCCUCCGCUUUGGGUCAGCCUGGCCACCGCUAAGCAGCUGCUGAGAUACCGGCUGGCAGAGGAAGGACCCGCCGACAUCCGCAUCGGCAACGUGGCUUCGGACUUGGGCAUAGUGACGGGUUCGGGCGAAGUGACGUUCAGCCUGGAGUCCGGCUCCGAUUACCUGAAGAUCGACAACAUGACCGGCGAGCUGAGCACCACCGAGAGGCGCAUCGACCGCGAGAAGCUGCCGCAAUGCCAAAUGAUCUUCGACGAGAACGAGUGCUUCUUGGACUUCGAGGUGUCGGUGAUCGGUCCCUCUCAGAGCUGGGUGGACCUCUUUGAGGGCCGGGUCAUCAUCCUGGAUAUCAACGACAAUACCCCCACGUUCCCCUCCCCCGUGCUCACCCUCACCGUCGAGGAGAACCGUCCGGUGGGAACCCUCUACCUGCUGCCCACCGCCACCGACAGGGACUUUGGCCGCAACGGCAUAGAGCGCUAUGAACUGCUGCAGGAACCCGGCAUCGACGGGGGCAGGAGGGGCGGUGGCAGCUCGGCUUCCGCAGCUUCGGACAGCGCCCUCUAUCCUGGAGGCAGCAAGAGGAGGCAGGAGGCCGACGGCGCGGCCAGGAGCAGCGUGUUUGAGCUACAAGUGGCUGAUACCCCCGACGGGGAGAAGCAGCCACAGCUGAUCAUUAAGGGGGCUCUGGAUCGAGAGCAGAGGGACUCCUACGAGUUGAGCUUGCGGGUGCGGGACGGGGGAGACCCGGCGCGCUCCUCCCAGGCCAUCCUCCGGGUGCUGAUCACCGACGUAAAUGACAACAGCCCCCGCUUCGAGAAGAGCGUCUAUGAGGCAGAUCUGGCCGAGAACAGCAGCCCGGGCACCCCGAUCCUGCAGCUCAGGGCUGCUGACUCCGACGUGGGGGUGAAUGGGCAGAUUGAGUACGUCUUCGGGGCGGCCACGGAGUCUGUGAGGCGGCUGCUGCGCCUGGACGAGUCCUCCGGCUGGCUCAGCGUCCUGCACCGCAUCGAUCGCGAGGAGGUGAACCAGCUCCGCUUCACCGUCAUGGCCAGGGACCGCGGGCAGCCGCCCAAGACCGACAAGGCCACGGUGGUGCUCAAUAUCCGCGACGAGAACGACAACGUGCCCACCAUCGACAUCCGCAAGAUCGGGCGCAUCCCGCUGCGAGACGGGGUGGCCAGUGUGGCUGAAGACGUGCUGGUGGACACCCCCAUCGCCCUGGUGCAAGUGUCAGACCGGGACCAGGGCGAGAACGGCGUGGUGACUUGCACCGUGGUGGGCGACGUGCCUUUCCAGCUGAAGCCGGCCAGCGAGGGUGAAGGGGAGCCCCAGAACAAGCGCAAGUAUUUCCUGCACACCUCGGCGCCCCUCGACUACGAGGCCGUGCGAGACUACAACGUGGUCAUCGUGGCGGUGGACUCUGGCAGCCCCAGCCUGUCCAGCAACAACUCCCUGCUGGUGCGGGUGGGCGACACCAAUGACAACCCGCCCGUCUUCAGCCAGGCUGUGCUGGAGGUCUCCUUCCCCGAGAACAACGCUCCUGGCGAGCGGGUGGCCACAGUGAUGGCCACGGACGCGGACAGCGGCAAGAACGCCGAGAUCGCCUACUCCCUGGAGCCGUCCCCGCUCUCGGCAGAGUCCCCCGGGGGCCUCUUCAUCAUCGACCCGGAUUCCGGGGACGUGCGGGUGCAGGCGGUGCUGGACCGCGAGCAAAGGGACACCUACGAGUUCCAGGUGACGGCGCGGGACAAGGGGGUGCCGUCCCUGCAGGGCUCCACCACGGUGGUGGUGAAGGUGGCCGACCGCAACGACAACGAGCCGCGCUUCAUGCAGGACGUCUUCACCUUCUACGUGAAGGAGAACCUGCAGCCCAACAGCCCCGUGGGCAUGGUGACGGUGAUGGACGCCGACAAGGGGCGCAACGCCGAGCUGAGCCUCUCCAUCCAGCCCGGCGAGCAGGAGCACGGCGCCGCCGCCGGCAUCUUCUCCAUCGAGAACGACACCGGCACCAUCUACUCCACCGUCUCCUUCGACCGGGAGCUGCAGACCAGCUACACCUUCAGGGUGAAGGCGGUGGACGGCGGCGAGCCGCCGCGCUCGGCCACCGCCACCGUCUCGCUCUUCGUCAUGGACGAGAACGACAACGCGCCGCAGGUCACCUCGCCGGCCAACAGCUCCUACCAGGUGCUGUCGCCGUCGAGCAACCUGCGCACGGUGGUGACCAGCGUGCAGGCCAAGGACGCCGACGAGAACCAGAACGCCGAGCUGAGCUACAGCCUGGUGGGCGGCAACCCCUUCAAGCUCUUCGAGAUCGACCCGUCCAGCGGGGUGGUGUCGCUGGUGGGCAAGCUGGCGCCCAAGCACUACGGCCUCCACCGCCUGGUGGUGCAGGUCAACGACAGCGGGCAGCCGCCGCAGUCCACCACGGCCCUGCUGCACAUCUUCGUCAACGAGAGCGUCUCCAACGCCACCGUGGUGGAGGGCCAAGUGACGCGCAGCCUGCACACGCCGCUGGCCCAGGACAUCGCCGGGGACCCCAGCUACGAGCUGAGCAAGCAGCGCCUCAGCAUCGUCAUCGGCGUGGUGGCCGGCAUCAUGACCGUCAUCCUCCUCAUCCUGGUGGUGGUCAUGGCCCGUUACUGCCGCUCCAAGGGCAAGCACGGCGGCUACGAGGCCGGCAAGAAGGACCACGAGGACUUCUUCACGCCCCAGCAGCACGACAAGGCCAAGAAGCCCAAGAAGGACAAGAAGGGCAAGAAGCCCGGCAAGCAGCCCCUCUACAGCAGCAUCGUCACCGUUGAGGCCUCCAAGCCCAACGGGCAGCGCUACGACGGCGUCAACGAGAAGCUUUCCGGAGACAGCCCCAGCAUGAGCUGCUACCGCUCGGUCAACGGCGGGCCGGGCAGCCCGGAUCUGGCCCGGCAUUACAAAUCCAGCUCUCCCUUGCCCACCGUGCAGCUCCACCCGCAGUCCCCCACCGCCGGGAAAAAGCACCAGGCCGUGCAGGAACUGCCCCCGGCCAACACCUUCGUGGGCGCGGGAGACAACAUCUCCAUCGGGUCGGACCACUGUUCCGAGUACAGCUGUCAAGCCAGCAGCAAGUACAGCAAGCAGGAUGUGUCUGAAAGCUUGAAUGCAUCUUCCAGCAACAGCAGCACUCAGGACACAAGCGAUAAGCCAUUCCGUAGAGUGACGUUUUCAGUUGUGAGUCAGCCUCAGGACCCACAUCAAGGGUCAUUGCAGAGUUGCUAUGACAGCGGUCUGGAGGAGUCAGAAACACCAAGCAGUAAGAGUUCUUCAGGGCCGAGGCUGGGUGCCCUUCCACUCCCAGAGGACAACUACGAAAGGACUACGCCGGAUGGCAGUGUUGGUGAGGCAGAGCAUAUGGAAAAUGGGAAAAAUUGGCCUCUGCCGAUAAAGGUGUCCAUGUGGAGUGCUCUCAUCCACCACAGGAAGAGGCUCAUCAGGCCAGAUUCAAGACCUUUGCCAGAUGUAGCCCUGACUGGAAAGUGCACUCGGGAAUGUGAUGAGUAUGGCCAUUCGGACUCCUGCUGGAUGCCUGUCCGCACUUCACCUGAAAGGAAGCAAAAGAAUCAGCCAAAACUUUCCACUUUUAUGCCUGUUGAUGAACGGGGCAGUCAAGAGAAGCUGGCCAAUGGUGAAGCCUCCCUCAUGGGUGACCGCAACAGAAACCUCCUUAACAAAAAGUUGACCUCAUCCUAUGAGACCUUCAGUGCAGCUAGUUUCAGCAAAAGUGAGGAAGCCAAUCCAGAGGAUAUUCCCCUCACACAGACAGGGGAAUACAAGCCAUCUCCUGUCAAUACUUUAACUAGAAGAGAAGUUUACCUUUAGGCUACAAAGAAGCAACGAUACAGUUCUUUCACAUAUUAGAAGGGGAUAAAAGGCAGAAACCUAUACAUUGGAACAAUUUUAACUGAAAAAUAAAGGAAAGUCUAUUGAAAAAGAGGGGGCUACCAAAGAGACGAAAGCUUGGCCUGCCACUUCUGCCUCCAUGCCAGGCAUUUAUGUAUCCUGUCUGCCUGACUAUACUGUACAAUGUAGAAACCAUUGUUGUUCCUGCAUGUCUAAUUUCCCACUCACUGAUCUUUAUUUUCCUAAAUUGAUGGUUGUAAAUUCCUUUCAAGGUAAUAAGUCUGAAAUUGAAAAGAACCACAGAAACUGUUGCUACUCCCACCCCACCCCCACUGCUGAAGCAUUGUUUAAGCCGCUCUAGUUCUGGUUUGAUGGUCACCUGGCUUAUUGGGAAUAACAGACCGGGGGAGAAAUUCUUAUGUUUGUAAGUGUGUGUGUGUGUACACACACACACACACACACACACCCAUCCCCCAGAUAACUUCUGACUAUUGCUGGUUCCCAUCAGAUAUAAGCCUUCAGAAAACAUACAGAAGUAAAUAUAUAAAGGGAUUACUUAAAACACCUUGUGAAGAUCACAGCUUUAAUACUGUAAUACUGUCCUAUGGCUAGAAAUAGCAGAAAAUAUAUUCAGCCUGAGACUAUAGUCUAAACCAUGACACAUUCCCUAUAAUUACAAACUGGCACUUCAGUUUUAUCCACAGAAUAACUACUAUCUUUGCCUUUGCUUUCAUCCCUCUUUCUACCAUUUCCUUGUCCCUUCCACCUUCUCUCUCUCUCUCUCUCUGACAUUUUUAGCGUCAGCAUAAACAAAAUAAUUAAUUAGACGUAUCAUAGCAUAUUAAGGAUAAACUGCUAGACUGGUGUCAUUUUUACAAGACCAACUUUUAGCAUAGAGAACCAUAGUAGCUAAUAGGCCAAAGAUCACUCAAUGGAUCAGUGGAAUUCCUCAUUGGCUUAGUAAAUCUGACACAGAGACACGCCUAAACACAUAGGCAUAUUCUCCACACACAUUUGCACAGCAGUCUACGCUGAAGCCCAGAUGACGUAAUUGUUUCCCUAAUGGAUUUUAGAUGAGUGCCCAAAGGAACUGAUAACACAAGCUUGCUGGAAAUGACAUAAUACAUCAGAUGCUAUAUUAAUAUGAUCCUCCGAUUUUCAGGGUAUGUUUUCUUUAGACGGUUUCAGAUCCAUCCAGGAGGCUGUGUUGAUGAGCUCCAAAACAUGUUGAGGGGGAAAUCUAAAAGAAGAGUAAAAUUAUGACAGUGGGAAGAAUAUGCUUCAAGUCAAGUAUGACACCAUUUUUGUUAAGAGUGGAUGCUAAAUCUUGGGUUGUCAGUAUUCCAGAUUAAUCAUUUGCUCUUGGCAAAGGUAUUAUGCAGGUUUUCUUAAAACACAAGUGCAUUUAAGCUGAGUCCUGUGCAAUACAAAACCAAUGUUGAGACUCAAGGUGACAGGUAGUCUUCACUGACGUCACCACCAAACAUGCUCCGUGCAAAGUAAUUUUGUUUAUGACAACUUACAAAGAAUCCAAAACUGAUCAUGAUGAUGCAGAGCUCUGGGCUGUGACAGUUCUCGUAGUUUGCACUAUAUAAAGCAGAUAGGAACAUGGACCAGAUAUAUUUUGUGCAAUAAGAAGUUAACAGAGUGUGUAGAAUCUGAGCUAGUUCUGUGCUGAUAAUGAUGUAGUAAUAAAGAAUGACUGAGCUUGGACAUUCAAAUGAAACUGACAAUCGGUCAAUGCAGUGGGGACAGCUUGAAAAAGGGUGUAAGGAGAAACCAACCCCUCGGGUGGUUUAACUUGGCAUUAAAGCAUGACUAGAUGGUUCUAGUAGAUUGUAGUGACAAGGUAGCUUUGGGUAGUUUCUUGCUUUAAAAAUGACAUAGAAUAUAAUGUUAAACAGUCUGAAAUGUGGGCUGUUCAGUUGGUACAAACUCAUCAUUACGUUUGUCUUUUGAACUCUCUUUAUAGCAAAGUGCCCUUUUUCAUUGUGUAUGCAUCUUCUUUACAUUUUAUGUUACAUUUAUUUUAUUUUACUUUAUUUUGAAAUGCAUUUAUGUGUAGCAUUGCAAAUGGACACAUGAGUUAGAAAAAAUAUAUUAAAGGAAAACUUAGGAGUGAUUAUCAUUCUAAUGCAUCAUUUUAAAUUACAGAGCUGCAAAUGUUGACUGACUAAAUCCAUUACUGUACUGUAUAACUUUAAAGAAUCUGUUAAGGGCAAAAUGCUUCCCAAGAUGUUUAAAUUAAAGCUUACUCAUUUCUUGCAGGUUUCAACAAAAAACCCACAAUUGCAUCACCCCAACGGUCAACAGAACUUCUUUUAAAGUAACAUCCUAAUGUAUUGAAUACACACUUAAGAACAAUUAAACAAGAGAGAACUAAACAAACUAUUUCUCUUUAAGCCUCUUUUUCUAGAAAGCCAAUACAAGUCAGAGAAGGCCCUCAAGAUUAAAGGAAUCUGCAACAACUCCCAUAAUGUGUGCUACAUACAAGGCAAAUCAUGUAAUUGAGGAAUUUAUCUAAUUUACUCAUAGAUCUAAGAUGGGUGCAAAAGAAAAAUACAGUGUACUUGUACGUAUUUGCAGUAAUUCUAGUAAAACCUAGCCAUCAAGACAUAGUCAAGCUUCUUAUGAACCAGCAUGAGACACACACACAUUUUCCUGUGUUUUAUUUCAUUUGAAAUUAUUUAAAUCUGGUGAAACUCCAUAUAUACAGUGCUUUUGUAAAAAAAAAAGAAAAAGAAAAACAAUAAAAUUAAAAUGAAAAAUUUUAGAGUGAAUGCAAAAUAUGCAACUGUGCCUUUUAUACCUGUUGUUAUGGUAAAAAAAAAAUGGUGGUUGGGGUUGGACACUGAAGAUUAAUGGGCUAUUCCCACCUUUUUGAACCUGUAUAUUUAACCAUGUUUAUUUUCUGAGAAAUGAAAAAAUGAUAUAUUUAAAAAAAUGCCUUCUAUCAAACUCAGAUAAUGGACCAGUCUUAAAUCAUUCAUUAUUACAAAUAAGAAGGUGGUUUUGGGAUGUGACAUUUGUUGUCUGAGAAAAAUUACAAUAUAGGUCUCAGUAGACAAAGUAACUUAGCAAAAUGUUAUGAGUCUAUUUGGCAGAGAAAUUGAUAAUUUGUUCAUUUUUUAAAAAUUGCUUUUAUGUUAGCAGCCAUUUUGUUUUUAUAUAGCAACACAUAGGAAUCCUAUUGUUUUCAUUUUAAUUCCAUAAGCUGCUCAAAGAAACUGUGCAUGCAUUUUACAUUGGACACAAUAUAGAUUGACGCAUCACUUAAUGUAACUUUAUAUGAAUUAGAAAAAAUGUCUGUAUUAACUUCAAUCUAAACUCUAAUGCUCAUUCCGACCUCCAGAUAUGCUAAUCUUUAGUCAAUAUAAUUUCUGACUGGCCUGCUGCCUGAGUUUCAGAAAACAAGGUAGACAUUAUUUUUCUGUGGGGGAAGAACUCAAAUAAGAGAUUGAAGGUGCUUGGCUGAAAGACUACCCUGGGAAGUUGUCACAUAGGAAAACAGAAAUGUAGAAAAAUGGAGACAGAGGGGCAAAAUGAAACUACCAUAAAUACAGCCAUUGCUAAAAGACUUUUUAUGGCAUUUGAAGAAUGGGACAGUUUUGCUUAUGUUCCGCCAAUGAUAAAGAUUCAGUGUUUCCUUAAGUGCUGAAAGAGAGGAGAUGGACAAUAGUAGAGAAGAACCUGGCCCCAACAUUUAAGUUGGGCAGUUGCCUGAAGAACAAAACUUUUGGAAGAAGGCAUUAUUUUUCAGCUACCUGGGGUACACUUUCAGACAUUUCUUUUCCUGAAUUUUGAAGCACUUACAUUCAGUGUGGUUACGAUCUGUUUGUAAUAUUAAUCAUUUACUAUUGUUCUGCAACUUGGAUGUUGAUAGUGAAGCAGAGAACAACUUAUCAUUGUUUAUUAUGAGUCACUAUGCACGCAACUAUGCUAAAAGAAAACAUGGCAAAAAUGUAUUCAACGCUAGUCCACCUCUAUUUAUGAAAGAUUUUGCAUAAUUUAAUUUGCUUUUGUACAGUUUUAUGUAAAUAAAUUGCUUGUCAUUUUUGUCUCUGCAAAUUAAAAUAUAACAUGUUCAAAUGGC